UCCAAAAAUUCAGAGGAAAUUGCUCUAUUUUUUGUUUAUCAAACUUCACAUCUCCUUCUCUCUGCUUCGUCUUCACGAGUACACACAGCCAUGGACAGUCUCAUUGCUCAGUUACAGAGGCAAUUUCGUGAUUACACCAUUUCUCUCUAUCACCAGGGAUUUCUGGAUGAUCAAUUCACCGAAUUGAAGAAGCUGCAAGAUGAAUGUAGCCCUGAUUUUGUGGCUGAGGUUGUUUCUCUGUUCUUUGAGGACUGUGAGAAGCUUAUCAGUAACAUGGCUAGAGCUCUAGACCAGACAGUAAAUGUAGAUUAUAAGCUGGUAGGUUCUAGUGUUCAUCAACUCAAAGGUAGUAGCUCAAGUGUUGGUGCCAAGAGAGUCAAAGGUCUUUGUGUUACCUUCAAGGAGUGUUGCGACUCUCAGAACUAUGAAGGGUGUGUGAGAUGCUUGCAGCAGGUGGAUAUUGAGUAUAAGUCAUUAAAAGCAAAGCUUCAAGAUUUGUUCAAUCUUGAGCAACAGAUUGUCCAAGCUGGUGGUAGAAUCCCUCAG